GCAAGAUGUUCACUGUGCUGACCCGCCAGCCCUGCGAGCAAGCAGGCCUCAAGGCCCUCUCCCGCACUCCAGUCGUCAUCGCCUUGGUGGUCCUGAUUGUGAGCGUUGUGGUGCUUGUGGCCAUCACACUCAUCCAGAUUCACCAGAAAGAGGUCCUCCUGCCAGGACUGAAGUACGGAAUCGUGCUCGAUGCCGGGUCUUCCAGAACCACAGUCUACGUGUACCAGUGGCCGGCGGAGAAGGAGAACAAUACCGGAGUGGUCAGCCAGACCUGCAAGUGCAGUGUGAAAGGCUCCGGGAUCUCCAGCUACUGGAAAAAACCCCAGGAUGCCCCCAAAGCCUUCGAGGAUUGCAUGCAAAAAGUCAAGGAGCAGAUCCCAGCCCACCUCCAGGGAUCCACGCACGUCUACCUGGGUGCCACGGCCGGGAUGCGCCUGCUGAGGUUGCAAAAUGAAACAGCAGCUAAUGAAGUCCUUGCAAGCAUCCAAAACUACUUCGAGUCCCAGCCCUUUGAUUUUAGGGGUGCUCAAAUCAUUUCUGGGCAAGAGGAAGGGAUAUAUGGAUGGAUUACAGCCAACUAUUUAAUGGGAAAUUUCCUGGAGAAGGACCUAUGGCACAUGUGGGUGCAUCCCAAUGGAGUGGAGACCACAGGCGCCCUGGAUUUAGGCGGUGCCUCCACCCAAAUAUCCUUCGCGGUGGGAGAGAAGGUGGAGCUGAACACCAGUGACAUCAUAAGGGUGUCCCUGUACGGCUACGUGUACACCCUCUACACACGCAGCUUCCAGUGCUACGGGCGAAACGAGGCUGAGAAGAGGUUUCUGGCGAUCCUCCUUCAGAAUUCCACCACCGACGCCAAUGUCACCAACCCCUGUUACCCUCGGAAUUACGUCACCACCUUCACCGCGGGCCACCUCUUUGACAGCCUGUGCACGGAGGACCUGAGGCCUGGAGGUUACGACCCCGAUGACACCAUCACUUUUGAAGGAACCGGGGACCCAUUACUGUGUCGGGUGAAGGUGGCUUCCCUCUUUGCCUUCAGAGCUUGCCAGAACCGAGACAUCUGCUGCUUUGACGGGGUUUAUCAGCCGAAAGUUAAAGGCUCUUUUGUGGCCUUCGCGGGGUUCUUCUACACGGCCAACGCGUUCAACCUCUCAGACAGCUUUUCCCUGAGCGCCUUCAACUCCAGCACCUGGGACUUCUGCUCGCAGGACUGGAGUCAGCUCCCGCGGCUGCUGCCCCGGUUUGAUGAGGUGUACGCCCGCUCGUACUGCUUCUCGGCCCACUAUAUCUACCACUUGCUCGUGAGUGGGUACAAAUUCACCGAGGACACCUGGCCCCAAAUACAUUUUAAAAAAGAGGUGGAAAACAGCAGCAUAGCCUGGUCUCUUGGCUACAUGCUCACCCUGACCAACCAGAUCCCAGCCGAAAUCCCCCUGAUCCGCCUGCCCAUGAAGCUGCCUACCUUUAUGAGCCUCCUCGCCUUCUUCACGGGAGUGGCCUUGCUGUGCCUGGCAUUCUUGGUAUACCUGUAUGCGUUGUCUAAGAAUCAGAGGCGCUCCCAGCAUGCCUUGGACCAUGCAGUGGAUUCCGAGUGAGCCGAGUGAGCAGCUGCAGAAGCUCGAGGGCUGCCCCAGGUCCAGUCUGGGUGGCACCAGACAAUGCAAGUGAAAUGCCCGUCUGCGGGAAACACCACCACAGUCAAAUACUUAGGUCGUGCGCCUCUCAGAUACUGAUGUAUGCCAAAGCACCUCUUGGGGAGUCCCUCACCUGUUCUGUGCACAUUGCUCCUCAGAGACCCCACCACCCAAUGCUGACGCCCUGGGGGACGGGAGAGACAGGCCCUCGAGGCCGGCUCUUUAUUCCAGGGCCCCAGAGGAAGAGGACGCAGAGAUUAUGACAGUUCCAUGUUGAAGAAUGGACCUCAGGGCACAUUUUGCAUCCUGUCCUCCCUUAGAAAUGCCGUAUUCCUCCUGGCAGAUGCCCACUAAGCAUUGGACCCAAUCAGAUAUCUCAUUGUAUGGCUCCCGCCCACUGGUCCUCAACUGAGACUUUCCUUUAGCAAUCCCGUAAACGUGGAGCUCCCUCAGGUCGGUAGAAUAUAUGGGGGAGAAGACUGCUUUACACCCAAGA